UAGCUUUAUAAUGAUGUUGUACCGAAAACGGCUGGUAUGAAGAUCAAAAACUAAAAUUAAUCAAUGAUGGUUAUCGAUUUUUUUCUUCUAUAGAGAAUUUUCGAGCUUUAUGCACAGGUGAGAGAGGUUUUGGAUAUAGAGAUUCGACGUUUCAUCGAGUAAUUCCACAAUUUAUGUUACAAGGUGGAGAUUUUGAACGACAAUAAGUGAAAAUAUUUCCCUGCUUCAUAUUAAGAACUUAAUAAGUAAUUUGACAUUCAUUUAGUAAUGGUACUGGUGGACGUAGUAUCUUUGGAGGUAAAUUUGAAGAUGAAAAUUUUAAAAUUAAACAUACGAAAGAAGGUUUACUUUCAAUGGCGAAUGCUGGUAGCCAUACAAAUGGUUCGCAAUUUUUUGUAACAACAGUAGCAACUCCAUGGCUUGAUAACAAACAUGACGUCUUUGGUGAAGUAACUGGUGGAAUGGACAUUGUCCGAAAAAUUGAAGCUUUAGGUUCACAAUCUGGCAAAACACAAAAACGAAUUACAAUUGGUAGUUGUGGAGAAUUAGAUCGCUAA